AUGCUUAACGAGGCUGGUAUUCCAUUAGAUGCCAAGGAAGCUAUCACAUUUGCCUGGCAAGGGAUAGAGGCUGUGGUCAGGCAAAGUAUCCCUGUUCCUUUACGCGUCAAGACCAGAAGAGAGUAUAUCCUCGGCAAGAAGGGAAUGAGCUUUAGGGGUGAUUUAGAGUAUCUACUACCUGUCAAAGAGCUUGUUAAUUAUAUUGGCGGUUAA